GCCACCCGGCUCUUUUUCUCUCUAUCUCUACUCUGCUCUGAACGCUACAAUUAAGAUACUUGUUGCCCUCCACCAACAAUGGACAUUCAGUCUCUCUUCUCUAUCAGCGGCAAGAUUGCUGUGGUUACCGGUGGUGGCAGCGGAGUUGGCUACAUGAUCUCCGAGGGGUUUGUCAAGAACGGCGCCAAGGUCUACAUCGUCAGUCGCAAGGCUGCCGUGCUGGAAAAGGCGGCCGCCACGCUGAACGCGAUGGGGCCCGGCCAAUGCAUCGCACUGCCGGGCGAUCUGCAGGAUGUGGGCAGGGUCGCCGAGCUGGGGGCCGAGCUGGCGGAGCUGGAGCCCAGCGGCAUCGACAUUCUGGUCAACAACUCUGGCGCCAACUGGGCCACUAGGGACUUGGCUUCAUAUCCGGACUCGGCAUGGACCAAGGUGCUGGGUCUCAACCUGCAGCGCGUGUUUACCAUGACGCAGCAGCUGCUGCCGUUGCUCGAGAGGCGCGGCACCAGGGACGACCCGUCGCGGAUCAUCAACAUCGGCUCGAUCAACGGCUUGACGGUCACCCAUCUUAUAACUCCUGCGUACUCGGCAUCCAAGGCUGGCGUCCACCACCUGACAAGGGUGCUGGCGGCAAACCUGGGCGGCAAGCAUGUCACUGCCAAUGCCAUUGCGCCAGGGCCGUUCGAGUCGCAUAUGAUGGCGGCGACGCUGAAGAAUGAGGGCAGCAAGAUCGUCAGUGGCAUUCCCUCGGGGCGUAUUGGUAGGCCGUCCGACAUUGCUGGGCUGUGCGUCAUGCUCAGCUCCCGCGGCGGAUCGUAUAUCAACGGCGCUGUCAUCCCGCUCGACGGCGGCAGCACUAUCGCCAACCAGACCUACGACCACGCCAAGCUAUAGGCCCUGGCUCAGGCUGCCGCAGGUCACGCUAGCAAGCAAUUGGCAAACUGCCCAAUCGGGGCGGCCGCUUCAGGGUUGGGCCAUCAUCUAUUUACAAGCGAAAAGUUGCUCGCAGGCCUCGCGCCUUGCCCCCGAAACCUGUCAGUUCCCAGCACGCCUUUCACCUCUCUAUAUUUUCGUAGUAUUAAUUGCUUCCCCCAGCACUUAUGAAGGCAGUUGGCGAAGAAAAGUUUGACUUUACAGCGGUGCAGGAGGUCUGGCUCUCGUGGGCCGAC